AUACACUCACUCUCGCCGUCCGAUCAACAAAACAAGACGGGGCAAAAAUGGAGAAGUCGAUCCCGACUGAUCUCAUCGUCGAGAUAGUCUCGAGAUUGCCAGCAAAAUCAGCAGCGAGGUGUCGCUGCAUGUCGAAGCUAUGGAGAACCAUCCUCCGGCGUCAGGAUUUCACCGACUUGUUUCUAACCAGGUCCAAAGCUCGUCCACGACUCUUACUUGCGGUACAACAACUACAAGACGGUGAGUGGAGCUUUUACUCAACGCCUCAGCCUCAGAAUCCAUCUGAGAAGUCUUCUCUUGUAGUAUCCGCCGCUGAUUUUCAUAUCAAGUUCUCUAAAGGAACAAGCGAUUGCAACUGUAGCUAUGCCUCUGGAUUGAUCUAUUUCCAUAAUAUGUGUAUCCCAAGGGAAGAUGAAGAAGAUCUAAAGCGUGUGAUAUGUAACCCUCUCACAGGACAGUAUGUGAUUUUACCUGAACUUAGAGGUCCUUCUUAUAGCUAUUUAGGGUUUGAUCCGAUUGACAAGGAAUUCAAGGUAUUGUUCAUGAAUAAUCCUGAAUAUAUAGCUUCUAGUGGUACAGAUCAUUAUAUCUUGACACUAGGAACUGGGGAAUUGAGGUGGAGGAAGAUCCGAUGUCCUUUUACUCAUGAGCCUUUUUGGGAAAGGAUUUGCAUCGAUGGUGUUUUGUAUUACUCAGCUCAUAUUGAUUAUUAUGAUGGAAGAAGGUCUAAUGUGAUAGUAUGCUUUGAUGUUAGGUCUGAGACAUUCAAGUUCGUAGGCGUAGAAAGCCGUUUUGAUCAAUUGAUUAACUAUAAGGGGAAGUUAGGUGGGAUUAAGUUGGUGUGUGAAUCUAUUUUUGGACCUGUUGAGUUGCGUAUGCGUGUUCUAGAGGAUGUUGAGAAACAGGAAUGGUCCAAGUAUGACUACACUUUGAGUGCUGGGAGUGAUUUCCGUAAUGUUGAAGAGUACCUCUCUGUUCAUGGGGUAACCGCUACAGGUGACAUUGUUUUGUUGAUGAAUUCUGCAUCUGCUCUUGCACCGUUUAAUGUUUUCUACUUCAAUCCGGAAAGGAAAACUUUCCAAAGUGUUGAAAUCCAAGGUGUUGGAGUUGAUUGUGAUUGCAAAUUACAGGCCUUUGUAGACUAUGUGGAGGAUCUUAGUAUUAAUGAUGCAAUGCUACUCAAGUCAAGCACUUUAGAACUAGGCCUUUGUUGCCAUACAUCUCCUGGCCUCUCCAAGUCUUCUCAGUCUGUGAAGAAGGAGCAGAUCAAGUAUGGAUUAUCAUCAGCUAACCUGCUCUAUCACUCUGUUGGCUUAGCUAUUUUUUUUGUUCUAUGUAGUUUGUUUUUCGUUUUCUUCUAGUUCUAUCAUCAUUUUGCUGGCUUACCUAAAUUUGUCACAGAAACGCCUAAUCAGUAGUGUAUGUUUUAAAGGUGCAUUAGUAAACUAGUCUGUGCUGCAUUGUAGUAUACCUAAAUCAAGCUCCAAAAUUAUUGUCUUCUU